UUAUCCUAAUGAUAAGCUGGUCCACUCCAUUCUCUACCCCUUUACCAAAUCCGUUUCUUUCUAGUUACCUACUGCAAUCAAAGCACCUCUUUUCCGUCCACGCGGUUUUUGCCUAUUUUUUCCCCCUAAAUUAUCAGGAAAAAAGAUUAAAAAUUUAAUCUUUGUCUUCCGCCCAGGCCGCUCCUUAGAUUGUCUUACUCUUGGGAUCUAUUUUCGUCUGCUUCAAUAUAGAAAAAACUUACGGUCGUGAAAAUGGUGGUCUUAUAGUCGAUGAUGGAUUACUUUUGUCCAAAGAGUUGAAAUUGAGACAGUCAUAAAACUGAUGAACUGAGCUUCUUUUGUGACGAAAGGUUUAGUGAGGAAUUGUCUUGUAUUUGGAAGGAAGGUGAACAAUUCUUUUAUGACCUUUUCUGCAAGCUCUGAAAGCUUUUUCAGAAUUGUGUAAUCGGAAAUAUAUACAUUCUAGGCAGAAAUGGGUGCUUUUUGCUGCUGUUCAUGUGGUGAUGACUGUGAAGAAUAUGCUUAUCCUAGCAAUUCAAUAUAUAGGCACUGCAUCUGCCUAAGGUUCUUCUUCUAUCAGCUAUUCACUGGGUAUGGUGCUCUGUUUCACAGAUUGGAUGGGCGACCUGCAUCCCAGAUCCAAGGAGCUUCUCUGUCAUCAACAACAACUGUUACUGCAAUAUCAGAUAAUUCAGCCAUUGAAACUCAUGUUACAAUGUCCAGACCAGUCCCUUACGAUGCUGAGCAGAGGUACUCUCGUUUGCAGCGUGAUGGCUUGGUCUCUAGGCGUGAUAAGUCUGUGACUCAUUUUCAAGAAGAAACUCAACCACUAAGAAGAAAUAUAAGCAGUUCUGAUGGAGAAUCAUUGGGUAUUGGGAGGAAAUGGAAUGGAGUCGAGUCAGAAGAAGACUCUAAGAUUGCCCAUCUUGAGUUAUCAGAGAGGAGUUUGGCACCAAAAGUUGCACAAGGACCUAACUAUAUACAGCCUUCAGCAGAAGAAGAAGAUGUCUGCCCUACUUGUCUUGAUGAAUAUACCCCAGAAAAUCCUAAAAUCACAGCUCGCUGCUCACACCAUUUUCAUCUUGGUUGUAUUUAUGAAUGGUUGGAAAGGAGUGAAAGUUGUCCAAUAUGUGGCAAGGAGAUGGAGUUCUGUGAAAGCCCCUAAGGUCUGGUUGCAUCUUGAUUCAAUGCAAUGGAGCAAAUACAUAUAGAGCGGCAGGUAUUAUCAGUAUGUAUAAGCUCUCUGAUCUUUAUUGAAGAGGCACAUCGUGUAUAGAAGAGUUUGUUCUUUAUCCAUCACUAGUAGUACUACCUGGUAAUUUCUUCCUACUCGGACUCGAAUGAUCAUGACGUUACCUUCGAUGUAAAAAGCUAAUAUAAUAAUUUGUGUGAAAGUUAUAAUACGUGGAAUCAACUUGAUGAUGUGUAACAAUAAA